AUGAGAACAACAAACGAAAAGUUCAACUCUGGCUCUCAAGGCCGCUCCGCCUCUUUCGACGAUGCACUCGUUGCUUUCGCCCAAUUCAUCUGCCUGCGAUUGCGCGUUAGCCGCUGUCUCAUUUCCUGUUUUGAUCGCAACCAUCAGUACAUUCUGGCUGAAGCCACCCCGACUCUCGACCUCCAGACAAACAAGGCCGAAGACCCCAAGGACGACUUAUGGAUGGGCUCAGGAAUCGAAAAACGGCACUCACAACUGUGCGAGCGCACCCUCGAACUGGCCGACAACAAGCUAAACAACGAGCACGAUCGCGUUGUCAUAGUCACAAAUGUCGCCGAGGACGACUGGUACAACGAGCACAAAUCACAUACAAACAUCCCUCCCAACACUUCAUUCUACGGUGGCAUCGCCAUACGAAGUCCUUAUGGCCCUGUAAUUGGUGUCAUUUCUAUCCUUCAUGACCAGACGAAAGAUGGCCUGAACGAUGCCGAAAGGAAAUUUCUCGAACAUAUGGCCGAUACCGUCAUGUCCCAUCUGGAUAUGGUCAGAUCAAAAGAGGAGCAUCGUCGAACAUCGCAAAUGGUUGUCGGCUUGGGCUCCUUUGUAGAAGGCAAGGAUCACGUCGAUAUGAAAUUAAACCAGAAGGAAGUCCCCAAAAGCACUGAGGUCGAAAACCAAGGUGAUCCACCUGCAACUCCGGGAGCUGCUACCUCAAGACCUUCGGAAAUGUCGCAUAUUCAAGAAGAGAAUCCAUCUCUGGCCACCGACGGCACUGACAGCGUCAACUUCGAGAAUCUUCAAGCUCAAAUGUUGUCCACCGACGUCAAGUCUACUUUCCGACGUGCUGCCCACAUUAUCAAGGAUGCCAUCGACGUCGAAGGCGUCGUCUUCCUCGAUGCCUCUGUUGGAAGCUUUGGCGCUCUGGUACAGUCUGUACCCGCUGCAUCUGACGACGACAGCGCUUCUUAUUUUACUCGUAAUUCCGCCUCCAAAAAGGAAUGCCAUGUCCUGGGAAGCGCAGGCGAGGUUCCUCCAGGCUUCUCUAUUACCGAAGGCUUCUUACACUCCUUCCUGAAUCGCUACGGACAAGGAAGAAUUUUCAACAUCGAUCCCAAGGAGCUCGCGAUGCAUCAGACGAACCCCAGAACACCUGAGGACCUUGAAGACUUUGGUCAAAAAGCAGAGCCUGGAGAGGAGCAGCAUUCCGAUGACGAGAAACGGGAACAAGUGCGCCAACAAAGAGAGAAAGACAUUGCUGAUUUGAAACGCAUUUUUCCACACGCCCGCUCCCUAGCAUUUGUUCCCAUGUGGGAUGAUCACAGGAUGCGCUGGUUCUGCGGUGGUAUCAUAUGGUCGAACAAGGCUAUACGAUUGCUGCACAAAGAUUCCGAGUUGAGUUUCCUGCGCGCCUUCGGUAUGGCCAUUAUGUCUGAAGUUGCCAAACUUGAUACUGCCAUGGCCGAUAGGACCAAGUCUGAUUUGCUCAAUAGCAUCAGUCAUGAACUUCGUAGUCCACUACAUGGCAUCUUGGGUAGUAUCGAAUGUUUAGAGUCGUCAGAUCUCGACCCGAUGCAACAUGGCCUGAUUGAGACUGUCGAGACCUGUGGGCGCACACUUCUGGACACCAUUAACCACCUUCUCGACUUCAGCAAAAUCAACAAUUUCACACGCAACAAGUCCAAGCGCCAGAAAGAUUCUGAAAUACGGGAAGCUGAUAUCCUGAGUCUCGACUCUACGGUCCAUCUGCCUACAAUCACUGAAGAAGCUUUAGAAACCGUCUUUGCAGGCUACGCUUCCUCUGCAAGCCACCACGAAGAGUCAAAUGCUAGCCAGGCAUCCAAACAUGUCAUGGCGCGCGAUCGGGACGUGAAAGUGAUUGUUGAUAUCGAGGCCAAAGACCAUGCAAAUUGGUUGCUUUGUACCGAAGGAGGCGCGUGGAAGCGCCUGGUCAUGAACUUGACUGGUAACAGCUUAAAGUACACAAGUGAUGGAUUCAUCUCUGUUCACCUCGCUUCUCAGGAGUUGCCAUUGAAUGGCGAGGCCUUGAAGAGAAGCCGUGUGACGUUGACCGUCAAGGAUACAGGCAGAGGCAUGUCCAAGGAAUACUUGCAAAACCAUCUAUUCAGACCAUUCGCACAGGAAGAUCCUCUCAACCCUGGAGCUGGGCUUGGUCUUUCUAUGGUGCAACAUAUCGUCAGCAACCUCGGUGGUGAGAUUUCCGUGGAAUCCGAGUUGAACAAGGGUACCGAAAUUCGUGUCGAAGUCAUUAUGAUGGAACCAGCACCUAGCCCAGAAGCAAACGACGAAGCCUUCCUCAUGACUGAAGCGGCACAGAAACUUCAUGGCCUCAAAGCAGCAUUCAUAGAUCCUCCUAUGACGGUUGAUGGGGAAUGUGGGUCUCAACGAUCGCUUCGCAAGGCGCUCGACAAGCAAUGCUGGGGCUGGUUCAAGAUGGAGUUCAAUAUCGUCAGUGGAGUAGAUGAAGUUGGAGGUGCAGCGGUAGUACUAACAACCUGUCAAAACUUGCCAGCGGUUAAAGACCAGCUGAUGGAGCUCAAUAAACCAGUCAUAGUACUUUGUGACAGCAACAACCGGCUCCGACAGGUUUAUCACGACAAUGAGACACUGCGAAGAGCAGUGACGACUGAGUUUAUUGCACAACCUUAUGGACCUCGCAAAUUUGCACGCGCGUUUGUUUCGUGCAAAGAGCAACAAUCACCACGGAUGGAAGAGGUUGUCUUGUACCGAGACACGGAGCUGCCAACGCUGCCGAGUAUACUCCUCCCUGAUGCUCGAGAAGAAAAUCACAAAGGACCAUCGCUCUCGCGCGAGCCAACACCAUUCCGAACAGCACGAAGUCAGAGCAGAGGAGCCGAGGAACCUAAGGAGGCGGCAGAGCAGGAAGAUGAGCCCAAACCACUACGACUGCUUCUCGUUGACGACAACAAGAUCAAUCUCCAGUUGCUGGUCCGGUACUGCAAGUCGAAAAAACACGACUACGUUACGGCCGAAGAUGGUGUCGAAGCAGUAGAAGCAUUUUGCUCGCAUCAACAAGAUGCAACGACCAAAUUCGAUUUCAUCUGUAUGGAUAUCUCUAUGCCGAGAAUGGAUGGCUUAGAAGCUACAAGGAGGAUCCGCUCGUUUGAACAGAGUCAUGGCAUGCAAGCGAGUAAGGUCAUUGCAUUGACGGGAUUGGCGAGUGCAGAAGCACAACAAGAAGCAUUUACUUCUGGAGUGGAUCAAUUCAUGACCAAGCCUGUGCGAUUAAAAGAGUUGGGUGAGGUUUUGGCUGGCAGACGAUGA